CAAUAUGAGAAGUUAAAACAAAGUUCCUGCAUCUUUUGCUUAAAAAACAUGACUUGGUGUGUGAUGCCUGCUGGUACCAUGUCUCUUCUGGGGCUCCUGAUUUUGCUCUCAGUCAUGACUACAGAAAAUGCAGGAGCACCCGAAAGAGCCAUAGUGAGCUUCUCCCCAAACUGGAUCAAAGUAUUCCAAAAUGAAUCUGUAACUAUGACUUGUAAUGUAGAUUCCUCUGCACAAGGAGACCUGGGUUAUUCCUGGUAUAAAGAUGGGACACUGAUGAGUAUAAAGCAAAAUAAGUUUACAAUAGUCACUGCCCAAGAGAGUGAUGGUGGGAAAUACCAAUGUAAGACCAAUAAGAAUGACCUGAGUGUAGCUAUUCCACUGAUAGUUACUAAAGAUUACAUUGCCCUAAAGGUUCCCAUUUUUGUGUUUGAAGGGGACGAUUUAUAUUUUAACUGUGCCGGGUAUCCUGGGUAUGAGGUUGGAGAUGCUGAACUGUACAAAGGAGAUCAGUCUAUAAGUUCCUCGCACUCUGGAAAUUUCCACAUUGGAAGAGUAACCAUGGCAAUGAAUGGCACUUACAGAUGCUAUAGAUCAGUGAAACACAAUGGCUUUUAUAAUCGAGAGAGCAGUUUGUCCAUGAUAAUUCCUGUAAACGAGCUCUUCCCAAAGCCAAAAAUAUCCAUUAAUUCAGAUAGCACGAGUGAGAUUAAUGAAGGGGAUCCACUUAUGAUAAAGUGUGACACCAAGCUCAACCCUCACAGAGCGACUACAGAGCUACAGUUUGUUUUCUACAGAAAUGGGCACAAUGUGCAGGGAUUCAGUUUAUCCAACCAAUAUGGAGUCCCCUCAGCUCAGCUGGAACAUUCUGGGAAUUAUACCUGUGAAAUAAAAGCUCAAUCUGGGAGUGUGAAGAAGAAGAGUGAUCCAAAAAGUAUCCAGAUAAAGGAGCUCUUCCAAAAGCCAAAAAUAUCCAUUAAUUCAGAUAGCACGAGUCAGAUUAUUGAAGGGGAUCCACUUAUGAUAAAGUGUGACACAAAGCUCAACCCACACAGAGAGACUACAGAGCUACAGUUUGCUUUCUACAGAAAUGGGCACAAUGUGCAGGGAUUCAGUUUAUCCAAACAAUAUGGAGUCCCUUCAGCUCAGCUGAAGCAUUCUGGGAAAUAUACUUGUGAAAUAAAAGCUCAAUCUGGGAGUGUGAAGAAGGAGAGUGACCCAAAAAGUAUCCAGAUAAAGGCACAGAAGCUUUCUGGUGUGAGUGUGAGUCUUGAGCCAACAGGAGAGCAGGUUAUUGCUGGGGAGAAGUUGGAGAUUCUCUGCUCAGUGGAAAAGGGAAUGGGAUUAUUGAGUUAUUCCUGGUGUAAACAAUACAAUCUCAGCUGUGACACCAAAGAGGCUACAGUUUUGGAGCAACGGUUUGUGGUAGAAAGUGUUUCUGAAGAUUAUGGAGGAGAAUAUCAGUGCACCGUUACCAGAGCUGAUACUCAGGAUUCCAUCCAAAGUGCCAACAUCUCCAUCUCUGUCCAAGAGAAGAGCUAUGCAGUGUUGGGAAUAGUAAGCACAGUGUCUUUCCUGGUUCUACUUUUUGUUACUGCCAUUGUUGCCUUCAAAUACAGGAGCAACAUCUGUUGCCAUUCCACAAAAAGCUCAGGUGGCUCUGUAACUAAAGACCAGUGCGGGACUGGACCAAGACAACAAGCUGAUGACCAUUACACAACACUUGAACAUAUGAAACCCAGUGCAGAACAGCCAGUGUAUGACUAUAUCAUUAUUCAAGAUGCCACUCAUGGAACAGAUGUGUGCAACGAUUACUACAGUAAAUAUACAGCUUCUUCUUUUCCAAAGAAUAAUAUUGAUGAAGUUUCUGUUUCUUACACUGCUGAAAAGAAUAAAUCCACCAUAGCUUUCCAGCAUCAUGAAGAACCUGAUUCUUCCAUCUACGAGAACUUCAGUGCCUCAUAUUACCUCGCCCUGAAAGUUCCCCCAUUUGUGUUAGAAGGGGACAAUUUAUAUUUUUCCUGUGCCGGGUAUCCUGAUUAUGAAGCUGGGGAUGCCCAUCUGUACAAAGGAGAUCAGUCUAUAAGUUCCUCGAACUCUGGGAGUUUCCAUAUUGGAAGAGUAACCAUGGCAACGAGAGGUGUCUACACAUGUUAUAGAUCAGUAAAGCACACUGGCAUUUAUUAUGAGAAAAGAAGCAGUGUGAAUAUUCUCGUAAAUGAGCUCUUCUCAAAGCCAGUAACAUCUGUAAAUUCAGGUAACCCGAGUCAGAUUAAUGAAGGAAAUCGCAUGACCAUAACAUGUGACACAAAGCUCAGCCCACACAGAGCGACUAUAGAGCUGCAAUUUGCUUUCUACAGAAAUGGGCACAAUGUGCAGGGAUUCGGUUUAUCCAACCAAUAUAGAGUCUCCUCAGCCCAGCUGGAGCAUUCUGGGACAUAUGCUUGUGAAAUAAGUGCUCAAUCUGGGAGUGUAAAGAAGAAGAGUGACCCAAAAAGUAUCCAGAUAAAAGCACAGAAGCUUUCUGGUGUGAGUGUGAGGCUUGAGUCGGCAGGAGGACAGGUUGUUGCCGGGGAGAAGUUGGAGAUUCUCUGCUCAGUGGAAAAGGGAAUGGGAUUAUUGAGUUAUUCCUGGUGUAAACAAUCCAGUCUCAGCUGUGACACCAAAGAGUCUUCAGCUUCAGAGCAACGGUUUGUGGUAGAAAGUGUUGCUGAAGAUUAUGGAGGAGAAUAUCAGUGCACCGUUACUAGAGCUGCUACUCGGGAUUCCAUCAGCAGCACCAACAUCUCCAUCUCUGUCCGAGGUACAAAUCUAUUCCAUCAAAUGCAACCUUUUCUUACAUCUAAUGUCCUGGAUCGGUUACUUCUGAUUUAUUUCUUGGUAGAAUUUAAGAUAGGCAAGCCGGAGCUAAAACUUAGACCUGGUAAAGUAGCUGUGGGGGAUUCUGUGGAUCUUCUCUGUGAGUCCAGAAGUGGAUCUUUCCCAGUUGAUUAUGAAUUCUAUCACGUGAAUGAUUUGAUAGGGAAAGGUAAAGCCAAAAAUAAGGAGCAGGCAGCGUUUCAUGUGACUGUCACCUCCAUCACCAUGACUGGACCCUACUACUGUGCCUUGCGAAAUGAGGUCUCCAGAAAAAUGCAGCUCAGUGAGGGAGUUGUUUUGUCUGUGAUGGGUGAGUGCUUUAACCUAGAUUCUUCCAGCCAUAAAACCAAAAGUUGCUGCAUAAAUCUUGAGCUUUUUGGAUGUUGACUGCAUUUGCAUAUGUUCGUUGUUUAUUUAUUUACUCACAUUUUGUGCAGAUGUAGCACCGUUUCACAUUAUAAAGUUGUUCCUAGGAUUUGCAUUUCUUCUUCCUGCCCAUGUAGUUCUAUAUCUCAGGGAAUAUUACAGCCUUAAUGUUCUAACAGAACCAGUGGCAGAUGCCAGAAUUACCCCUGGGGAAGAUGAACUUGCAGUGACAGUGGAAGACAAUCUGUGCUUAACCUGUUCUGUAG